AUCUGACUCUCACACUCUUCAAUGCAAACUUAGAUACCAAAAUCCAGAACACCCUUUCUUCAUUUACUUCACACUCUUCAAAUCUCAAUCAAAACUUUUGAGGUUGUUUCUUUCUACAUUAAGAACACACAAACACUGUUGUGUUUCAACAAAACCUUAGUUCCAUUUAUACAAUAUGAGUGCAUCAAAGUUCAUUAAAUGUGUCACUGUUGGUGAUGGUGCUGUUGGAAAAACUUGCAUGCUCAUUUGUUACACCAGUAACAAAUUCCCCACUGAUUAUAUACCAACAGUAUUUGAUAAUUUUAGUGCAAAUGUAGCUGUGGAUGGAAGCAUUGUGAAUUUGGGGCUAUGGGACACUGCAGGCCAGGAAGACUAUAGCAGGUUGAGGCCACUGAGCUAUAGAGGAGCUGAUAUAUUUGUCUUAGCAUUCUCAUUGAUUAGUAGAGCUAGCUAUGAAAAUGUUCUUAAGAAGUGGAUGCCAGAAUUGCGCAGAUUCGCCCCUAAUGUACCAAUUGUUCUUGUUGGCACAAAGUUGGAUCUUCGUGAAGAUCGUGGAUAUUUCGCUGAUCACACGGGAUAUAAUGUUAUAACAUCUGCUGAGGGAGAAGAACUGAGGAAACAAAUUGGGGCUGCAGCGUACAUUGAGUGCAGCUCAAAGACUCAACAGAAUGUGAAAGCUGUUUUUGAUACUGCCAUUAAGGUUGUUCUCCAACCUCCAAGGAGGAAAGAAAUGCCGAGGAAGAAAAGGCAAAGAAGGUCCGGUUGCUCGUUUGCCGGUAUUGUGUGUGGAGGUUGUGCUGCUUAAUACACACAUCAAUUGUACCAUCACUUUCUUUUGCUUCAAGGUCAAAUGUGGAAUUCUGACAUCUGAUUAGUGAUUACAUGGCUAAAAAUGUAUUCUUAUUAUGCUUGUAUUGUAGUGUAAGUUAGUAUAUCUAGCUAUUUUCAGUUAACAAAAGACCCUAUUGGAUUCUGAAGGGAAUUUUUCAUUCUCUUAGUUGUUACUAGCCAUGUUUUGUAUUAUUAAUUAGCAAUUCAUUAUGCCAAGAGAACCAUUCUUUUUCCAUUAAAA